CGGCUCUCGAGCCUCCUGCCGCCCGGGAUAAUGGCGAAGAUUCAGGCGCACAGCACCGCCAAGCAAAUGAGCCAAAUGCAGGACAAGCCCUACGUUAUAACACAAAAGCAAGUGCAGCAGCAGCACUUCCAGAAGCUGAAGGUGGAAGAUGCCUUGUCCUAUCUGGACCAAGUCAAAAUUCGCUUCGCAAAUGAUCCCGGCAUUUACAACAAGUUUCUCGACAUCAUGAAAGAGUUCAAGUCACAGAGCAUCGACACACCGGGGGUGAUAAACCGCGUGUCACAGCUCUUUCAUGGACACCCAGACCUUGUCUUGGGCUUCAAUGCCUUUCUACCACCGGGAUAUCGGAUCGAAGUCCCCAAAAACGGGGUGGCUUUCCUCCAGUCUCCCUUCUCCACACAGGUCUCCCCAGGCCAGCAGGGGAAGAGUGUUGCCCCCCCUGCAGUGACAGCAGCCUCAGGUACUGCCACUGCUGCCAACGUCGAAGCUGGACCUGCCCAGACCAGUGAACUCAAGUCAGCCCCAUCAGAGUCCCUCUCCUCCUCAACCCCAGCAGGAACAACAGAGCCUCCCAGCAGGCUUUCCCUUCCCCUGGCUAGCAGAGAGAGCCAGAACCAGGCGACCACUUCGUCCGUAUCCCCACCUGCCCCAGAGACGAGCCCCGUAGAGUUCGACAGUGCCAUCAGCUACGUAAACAAGAUUAAGAACCGUUUCCUGGAUCACCCAGAGAUCUACAGAGCCUUCCUAGAGAUUCUUCACACGUAUCAGAAGGAACAGCUGGAGGUGAAGGAAAGUCGAGGAAACCGUGGCAGCAGCGGAAUGACAGAAGAUGAGGUGUUUUCUAAAGUUGCCAGUCUUUUCAAAGGGCAAGAAGACUUGCUGGCGGAGUUCGGGCAAUUCUUACCUGAUGCCAAGAGAUCAUUGUUCACAGGCAGCUCCCUGACAGGAGGCAAAGAUCAGCUGAAAAGGCUGGAGGAGGAGGACACACUACCCAAACAAAACAAAAAGAGGCCCCGGCCCGUCCUACUGCAGCACAUGUCCCCACUCCUCAAGAAGAAAAUGAAGUAUUCCUGUACCAAAGAUCAGUCCUUUGCUUCAGUUGGCAAACACGGAGUCUUAAGAGAAUUUUCUUUCUUUGAUAAGGUUCGUCGCCUAUUUAAAAGCCAGGAGGUGUAUGAGAACUUCCUGCGUUGCAUUGCCUUGUUUAACCAGGAAGUAGUGUCGGGAGCAGAGCUGCUCCAGCUAGUCACUCCUUUCUUGGGGAAGUUUCCUGAACUAUACACACAGUUCAAGUCAUUUCUGGGGGACAAAGAGCUCUCUCAUGUUGUGUCAGGGCUGUCGGAUCGCUACAUGGAAGGGGGAGGGGGCCGUGAGGUGGAUUAUGCGUCCUGCAAGCGCCUGGGGUCCAGCUACAGAGCACUGCCCAAGACCUACCAGCAGCCUAAAUGCAGCGGGCGCACUGCCCUAUGCAAGGAGGUGUUGAACGACACCUGGGUGUCAUUUCCCUCUUGGUCAGAGGACUCCACCUUCGUCAGCUCAAAGAAGACUCCUUAUGAGGAACAGUUGCACCGCUGUGAGGAUGAAAGAUUUGAGUUGGAUGUUGUUCUGGAGACAAACCUGGCCACCAUCAGAGUGCUAGAGAGCGUACAGAAGAAGCUCUUGCGUCUCUCCCCAGAGGACCAGGACCGGUUCAGAUUAGACGACUGUCUGGGCGGCACCUCUGAGGUCAUCCAGCGUCGUGCUGUGUAUCGUAUCUAUGGCGAUAAAGCCCCUGAGAUCAUCGAGGGACUGAAAAGGAGUCCUGCUACCGCUGUGCCUGUGGUGCUCAAGAGGUUGAAAGCCAAGGAAGAGGAGUGGAGAGAGGCGCAGCAAGGUUUCAAUAAGAUUUGGAGGGAGCAAUACGAGAAGGCUUACCUUAAGUCCCUCGAUCACCAAGGAGUCAACUUCAAACAGAACGACAUGAAGGCCCUGCGGUCGAAGAGUCUUCUCAAUGAGAUAGAGAGCGUCUACGAUGAGCGCCAGGAGCAGAGCACGGAAGAGGGCGGCGUCGGGCAGCAGGGUCGCAACGGCUCUGGCGCGGCUUCAUCCAGCGAGCCUCACAUGGUGUUUACGUAUGACGACAAACAGAUCUUGGAGGACGCUGCCUCGCUCAUCAUCUACCAUGUCAAACGUCAGCCCACCAUCCACAAAGAUGACAAAGACCACAUCAAGCGCAUCAUCCAGCACUUUGUCCCCGACCUGUUCUUCUCCCGGCGCGGCGAGCUCAGUGACACUGAAGACUGGACGGACGAGGAGGUCGAGCCUGAGGACGGGUUAGAGAGGGGAAUAGGAGGUGCAGCAGCAACCGCAGGGUUAGGAGGAGGAAAUGGCAAUUCUAACAGUGCAUCAGGAGCAGUCACAGGUGGUCAGUCUCAACCCCAACCUGCCCAAUCAGUGGCCCUGACCCAGUCCCAACCCCAGCAGCAGCUCAAUGGUGAAUCCAGGCGGAGGCGCUGCAGCCCGUCUCAACCUGCUCCAGCAGCUGCCGCUCUGCGCUGCAGCCCGUCUCAACCUGCUGACACGGAGGCCUCCACCACCUCCAGUAGCACAAGUCAGGCGGCAGGGACCGCCUCAUCCACCCCCGGAUCUACGCCGAUGGAGACGGAUUCGGGCGCACCCGCCGAGAAGGUGGACCUGCGCGACCCUGAAGCGGAGCACCAGAAGGAGAUGGAUGGGGUCUACAACCUUUUCUUCGUCAACAACAACUGGUACUUCUUCUUGCGGCUGCACCAGACCCUGUGCUCCCGACUGCGUCGGGUGUACCAGCAGGCAGAGCGACAGCUGCUGGAUCACCGAGCUGAGCAGAGCAGCGAGAGGCUGCUCAUGGCAGAUGGAAGAAGAGAAAAGGCAUGCGACCUGGCCUUGGAGCUCCGCCUCAAACAGCCCAGUGAGGUGGAGUUAGAGGAGUACUACCCAGCCUUCCUUGAUAUGGUGCGCAGCCUGCUGGAUGGCAACCUGGACUCCACACAGUAUGAAGACACACUGAGAGAGAUGUUCACCAUCCACGCCUACAUCGGCUUCACCAUCGACAAGGUCAUACACAACAUCAUACGCCAGCUACAGCACCUAGUGAGCGACGAGGUGUGUCUGCAGGUGGUUGAUCUUUACCUGGCUGAGAGGAAGAGGGGGGCAGCAGGGGGGAACCUGUCCUCGCAAUGCGUCAGAGCGGCCUGGGAGACCAGCUUCCAGUGGAAAGCUGAGCGAGUCAUGGCUGAGGAGAACUGCUUCAAGGUGAUGUUUCUCCAAAACAAGAGUCAUGUGACGUUGACUAUUGAGCUGCUGGACACUGAGGAGGCUCAGGCAGAUGACCCGUUAGAUGUGCAGUGCUUGUCAAGCUACAUGGAGCAGUUUGUAGGAACCGAGUCCAGCCUGUGUUCUCAAGCAGAGGGCUACUUCUUCAAACCUGUGUUUCUGCCCAGGAACCUCCGGCGUUUCCGCCGCUGGCAGGUGAGGCAGGUGGAGGCGAUGCGCUGCAGGAGAGAGUGGCACAGGCAGCUGGGCGUGGAGAACGCCGGGAGUCUGGACUGUCGAUUUAAACUCAAUACUCACAAGAUGGUGUUUGUCAUGAACUCUGAGGAUUACAUGUACCGUAGAGGAGCGCUGGUGAAGGCCAGGAAGUCGCAGCACAGAGUGGCGGCAGGCCAACACCAACGCUUCGACAAGUGGCACCAGGGCUGGCAGGCCGACCACGUUACGGCGGCGGCCGAGCGCUCCGUGCAGAACUGGCUGCUGGGAGAAGAGGAAGAGGACAUGAUCCCCUGCAAGACAACCUGCCUGUCAACCGAGUUGAAAGGGCAAGCUGUGAACAGAUACCAAGUUCAUUACAGCGGUACCAAAGCCCCGGCCUCCCCGUAGAGGCCGGCUUGUGAGGUGGACGGACUAAACACACAACAGGUAAAUGCAUGGACGUUCAAGACAUUCAUACACUAAACACAGGCGUAGACGGCCGCAGUCCUGCUUCUCCACCUUCCUCCACAACACUCAUUCACCUCCACUGAGGGAUGAAGAGACACAGUGCAGACUCUGGACUGUUCAUGCCAGUGGACGGUGAGCGAGUGAGUGCACGGCGAGAGGAGCGACGGCGUGGAGGAAAAGGACCAACACAGUGAAGUAAUCAAAGAGAUUGAACUGGGCCCUGAUUGAUGGGGCGACUCGGACUUGAUGGCACAAACGGAGCUCAUCAUCAUCAUCAUCAUCAUCUUAAGCAGCAGCAUCAUUGGAGCUUCUCCGGUGGAACUAAAAGUUGACGGACACCGAAGUGGUUGAACAUGCGAGAAGUUAUGAGAUCAUGAAAUACGUUUCAGAAAUGUGAAUGUCUGUUUCUUUUUUUUUUGCUUUUUUUUAAGUCCAGUGUAGUUUUUAGCUUCUAAAGCCAGAGAGCCUUCUGUUUGUUGGUUGGUUGGUUUAUGCGUGUUUAUAUGGAGAGAUAAUGGUAAACGUGUGUAUGUAUGUGUAUCCUGCUCUCUUCAUUUUGUCUGUUUCUAUGCCCAGUACAGGCUCUACAACUCUAGUGAUGUAUUAUUACUGUAUGUGCAUAUAUAUAUAUACAUAACGGGGACCCUGUAUUUUUAUAUAUGCAUCUACGUGAGUUGAUUGAUACAUCUUAAGAUCAUGUUGUUCUUUGCAGUGUUUGCUGUCAGCCAACUCUUGAUGUUUUGCAUUUUGUUUUUUUCCCCCCUUUUUUUGUGUUGUAGCUAAAGAAGUUAUCACCAAGGCAACAAGUAGACCUUAAAAUCAAUUGGUUUAAUAUAGAGGAAGCUGUCAAAUUAUGUAUCAUAUUCAUGAUACUAAAUGUUUACUUUGUAUUGUCUUUUUUUGCAUACUGACAUUGAAAAUAAAAGCGAAAUAUCAGUGUUAAAAUAGAAUGUAUAACAUUUAUCCUGUAUCAGUUAUCAUAAAAUAAACAACCUAGUUGUGACCUUCUUAGA